GCGAUAUCGUGAUGCAAUGAGCAUAAAUGCAUAAGAUUUUGUAUGAUGUGCAUAUGAAAUCCUUCAGAAAAUGACUCGAAUUCAUUUUCUAAAAUCGUGUUAUUUGAGGAACUCUUUUCUCCAGUUGUUGGGUUAUUCUGACCAACAUGACUGGCUAAAUCUACGAUCUCUCCGGGAACUUGGCUGGUGAAAGUGGGGGUUACCGAAAAAGAGUGUUUUUGCAACUUGCUAUGUGCCGACUCCGUUUCGUCAUGGAGCACAGCGGGCCGAGCGACAUCCGCGGCGGGGUGGCGGCCGCGGUGGGGAGCGUACAGCUGGCCAAGGCCGUGCUGUCUCGCAAACAACUGUCAGAUUUCCCCGAAGACGAAUUCAGCGGGCAAGAACACAAAGUGAACAUCAUCGAUCUCAGUCGAAACUCGCUGUCUUCCAUACCAGGGACCAUCAGUGUUUAUACCAACUUGAUAGAAUUGGACAUCAGCAACAACAGAAUAUCGGGAAUUCCCGAUGAAAUCGUCGCUUUGAAGCAUUUGCGGUCCCUGAUCUGUAAAAACAACCAGUUCGAAACAAACUCACUGCCUAAGGAUUUCGGGAAGUGUGUUUCUUUGGAAACUGUCAAUUUCAGUGGCAAUACCAUGCUAGAUUUCCCUAUGCAACUCACUGAAAUCCAGACAUUGAAAGCUGCUUACCUUGGUGGAAACAGAAUUCGACAAAUUCCGACAGCAAUACAAAACUUACAGAGGUUGGAAAGGCUGUAUCUUGGUGGCAACCAGCUUACCAGUAUACCCUUAGAGCUUGGUUCUCUACCUCGCCUUGCGUGCCUGGUGCUGAGCGACAAUCGCAUCGAGACGGUACCCUCCGAGCUCGUCAACCUCCGCAGUCUCAAGUCGCUUAGUCUCCACAACAACCGCAUCACCACCCUGCCGCCUCAGAUCAUCUCCCUGGGCGACCUGUGUGAGCUCAGCCUGCGAGGGAACCCGCUGGUUGUGCGUUUUGUGCGGGAUUUCACCUGGCAGCCCCCCUCGUUGCUGGAACUCGCGGGCCGCGCCAUUAAGAACCGCGGCAUCGCGUAUACUGCGGAGGACCUACCGCUCAGUCUCAUCGACUAUCUAGAUUCAGCACGGCAUUGUCUUAAUCCUAAAUGCUCAGGGGUGUACUUCAGCUCACGAGUUGAGCACAUCAAGUUUGUGGACUUCUGCGGCAAGUACCGCCUACCCCUGAUGCAGUACCUUUGCUCGCCCAGCUGCACCAGCAGCAGCAGCGGCAACUACAGUAGCAGCAGCUACACCAGCAGCAGUGACACCGAAUCUGAUGAGGAGGCAGCCGUCCCAAGCAACAAAAUGAAGAAGGUUCUUCUAGGAUGAAGUGACCGAGGACAAACCGUGCUUCUGAAUUUGUGUGCUACAUUUACCAACAGUUUUCAUAAUAAUAACGAUAAUGUGUAGUGCUGAUACGCUUUCCACUGCUCUCCACCGCUCUCCACCAAGGGUUACGUCUCGAAGUGCUUAACAAUUAUUACCCCUGUUCAACAGGUCACUUUUCUUCACAGCUAAGAUCAGCGCAGUCUGGUCUCCACCCUCGCAAGUACCCAUUUAUACACCUGGGUGCAGUGAAGCAAUUGUAGUAAAGUGUCAUGCCCAAGGACACAAGCACCAGGGUUCCAACCCACGUGCCACGGACAUGGGUCAAACACUGUAACCAUUGGACCAGGGCGUAUACGAGUACAUCGCUUCAGAAGGAUCAAAUUUCUUAAUACAUGUAUGCCAAAGUUUGAGAGUUUUAACGUGUACUGGACAAUAAUGCUUUUUCAAUUAUUUUGGAGCCAGAGACAUAUAUGUAAUGCUAAAGCAUAAAAUUUAGCGCCGAUGCUGUGGCUAAAAAAAUAAAAUGUAGUGUUUCCUGUUACUGAAAAAAA